AUUGAAGUCACAUUGUAGAAGUUUUCACCAGAGUUCUUAUCGGUAUCUUCAUGUUCAAUUUUUUUAAGAAUCGUAGAUGUUUGCAACCGAUCACUUUUUUAAGGUGACAAUUGUCAUCUUAAAAAGAGUUAUACUCAGUAAUACAAACUACAAAGUGCAAUAAAAACAACGCUUUCCCUCUACUUGUCGUAUCGAGUCAACUUUUGUUGGAAGUAACUACUAUCACCUCGGACACAUCCGUUCCCGCUCAACCAUUAUGCAGGUAAGAAUAUGGUCACCCUCUCAAACACCUCCAACCUGACUGAAACUGUAGUAGCCAUACUCGAAAAGUGCAAAACUCUCAACCAUCUCAAACAACUUCAAUCCUCUCUCAUCACUCUUGGUCAAGCGCAAGCUCAGUUCUUCGUCUUCAGACUCAUUCGUUUCUGCACCCUUCAUCUUUCCGACCUUCAUUACGCUCGUUUGAUCUUUGAUCAUGUCAAUUCGCCCAAUGUUUACCUCUACAGUGCAAUUAUCAACGCUUAUGCUGCUAAAUCCCAUCAUUUUGCAGUUCUUAGCUUGUAUAAGAACAUGGUUGAUAAGGGUCGUCCUCGACCUAACCAUUUUGUUUACCCCAGUGCCCUGAAAUCAAGUUCUGAAGUUUUUGAUUCUUAUGGAUUGAAAAUGGUGCAUACCCAGAUUGUAAAAACAGGUUUUGGAUCAAACCCUAUUGUUCAAACUGCUCUUGUGGAUUCUUAUACUAGGUUUUGUUCUGAUUUUGGGACUGCACGCCAACUGUUUGAUGAAAUGUCUGAGAGAAAUGUUGUUUCUUGGACUGCUAUGAUAUCUGGUUAUGCUAGAUUGGGGAAGAUGGGGAAUGCGAUUAUUCUGUUUGAUGAGAUGCCUGAAAGGGAUGUUCCUUCUUGGAAUGCUAUAAUUGCUGGGUGCACACAGAAUGGGUUGUUUCCAGAGGCGAUUUCAUACCUUAGAAGAAUGUUGGCUCCAUGUGAGAUGCAGCUUAGACCGAAUGAAGUUACUUUGGCUUGUGCUCUUUCUGCUUGCGGUCAAACGGGUAUGCUUCAGCUUGGGAAGGAAACACAUGGCUAUAUUUGUAGAAAGGGUAUUGGUCGUGAUUCGUAUAUCUCGAAUGCAUUGAUUGAUAUGUAUGGAAAAUGUGGUUGCUUGAAGGAAGCUAGACUUGUUUUUGACACUACUACUGAUAAAAGUAUGACAUCUUGGAAUUCGAUGAUCAAUUGUUAUGCACUUCACGGGCAAAGUAGGAGUGCACUUGAUGUUUUUGAGGAAAUGAUUCAAACCGAGAACGAUGUGAGGCCUGAUGAAAUUACUUUUAUUGGUCUAUUGAAUGCUUGUACUCAUGGAGGUUUGGUUGAGAGAGGAUAUUACUAUUUUGGCUUAAUGACCAAAGUCUAUGGUAUUGAGCCUCAAAUUGAGCACUAUGGGUGUGUAGUUGAUCUUCUUGGUCGAGCAGGUAGGUUUGAAGAAGUUAUGGAUAUUAUCAGUGGCAUGAAGGUCAAAGCUGAUGAGGUUAUCUGGGGUUCCCUGCUCAAUGGGUGUAAAAUUCAUGGCAAUUCACAUUUAGCGGAGUUUGCAAUCAGAAAGUUGAUUGAGAUUGAUCCUAAUAAUGGUGGCUACAUGUCAAUGUUAGCAAAUUUAUAUGUGGGAUUGGCUAAGUGGGAUGAGGUCCGUGGAGUGAGGAAGAUGUUGAAGGAGCGGGACGCACAAAAGAUCCCUGGCUGCAGCUGGAUUGAGGUUGACUGCAGAAUCCACCAGUUUCAUUCCACUGAUAAAACACAUCCCAGAGCAGAAGAGAUAUACAACAUACUGGAAAGUCUUUUUGAUUUUAUUAACCAAGGAUUACUAGAUCAUGUGUGUGAUGGAAACAUUAAUUUGACAUAUUGACACUGGUGAAAACAAUACAGCAACUUUUAUAACCUAAAUCUUUAUCGAUAAUAUACAGAGGUGGAAUGUGAAUAAGUGAAUUUUAGAAAGUACUUAUUCCGUAGUCUAAUGGUCCAACCUUCCUGAUGAAUUGUGUUGAAGUGUCAAUUUAUAAUGCAGAAUUAUCUGCAUGCUUUUAAUGACAUAGAAAUAUCAUAAUGUUGUCA